UAUUUUAACGAUAAAUCCGCGGUCACACUGUUUUGCAGUUUAAAGCGUAGUUGUUAAAAUGGAUUAAUUUACUUAAUGCAGUUUCAAUCAAUGUGCAAUAAAAAUAAUAAUUACAAGUUCGUGUCGUAAUAAUUUCAGCGAUAAAUAACAUUUUACCCAUAUCAUACACAUGUGCCACAGAUGUGUGUGAGUGCGAGCGAGGAAUGUCAAAAUGACAGCAACAAAGCAAGCAGUAUAGCAAAACCAGCUGUGCGAGGUCGUGGCCCUCUCCCGAAAACAACAAUAUCCAAAAUUCGUAAAAAUUAGACAAUAUUUUCAGUUCAGUUCUAUAGAAAUCCCCAAAAAAAAACGAUAUUGAACAGGAUUCAAAAUUGUCUAUUAUAUAAUUCAGUUAAUUAAGCGUGGUAUGCACAUGCUACAACCAGCCAGACUCAAGUGCAUCACUAUAUUCACACUGCGUCAUACCUGGAGAUAUUUUCUGUUCGUGGCCAAGCUGCUGCACUACAUCUACACGACAGUCAUAUAUCCCCUGUGGCUGCCAUCGAAUCGGGAGCACAACAACAAUAUCAUGGAUCAAGAAAUGGCAGAGGAGCAAGACAUGCCAGAGGAGGGAGGCCAUCGGGAGAAUAUAAUCGACCAGCAACAGGAGGUCCUGCGGGCCCAUGCGGAUAUUGUGGCACGCUUUCAGGUCAUAGCAGCUGUAGAGCCGAUGGAUGCGGCCAGUGACAUGGACGACGAGGACGAGGAGGACGACGACGAUGUGGAUGUGGACUAUGGCGAUUCGGAUUCGGACUCGGAGCUUGAGGAAAUGUUUUCAGAUGAGUCGAGCAGCUCCAGCGACGACGCCGACGAACAGGACUCCAAAGACAUUUCAAAAAGCGCCCUUAGCGCGUCCCUCUUAUCCGAUGAGGAACAGCAGCAGCCAAAGACACUGCGCCAGUACAGCUUCCAGCCCCUGCGUCUGGUGAAGUGCGCCUACAAGUAUAAGCAUUGCGCUGGUGGCUACCCGCUGGCCCGCAGUGGCCACCGCAUCAUCGCUUCAAAUUCUCAUCUGUACUCUCUGGGCGGCUACAAUCCCCGGAGCGCCGUCACUGCAGCUCGUCGCGGUCGCUGCCUGCUCUUCCAGGAGCUCUGGAGCUAUAACUUUGCCACCAAUCUCUGGAGGCUGGAGCUGAAUGCAGAGAACGCCAGCAACUUGCCUAUGGAGCUGGCCUCCAACGCAUUGACCAUUCACAAUAACGUGUUGAUUUCCCAUGGAGGUACUGGCUAUCCCUUCGGGGAGUCCUGUUCGAACGAUUGCUAUGUGUAUCGCACGGCCAGUGUUGGGGCGACGCCUGCCGUCGAACGCUUGAAGGUCACCGGGGAUCGACCAACUGCCCAAUACGGUCCAGGGAUUGUGAUCCACAAAAAUUAUCUGUACACAAUCGGGGGAACAACUGGCUUCGACUAUACCUGCGACGUCUAUCGCUUGGACCUGCGCACAGGAGUGUGGGAGAAUGUGUACAUUAGUCGGCCGGAGAUGCGCGAAGAUCCCGAGGGCCGCUACCGCCACGAGGUGAUCUACGAUGGAAAGCACAUCUUUGUGCUUGGAGGCGGGACUUCGCACUCUGUGUACGAUCUUCAGCGCAUUCCAGCGUACAACUUGGAUGACAACUGCUGGGACUACUUCGACACUUUCCCAGAUCGACGGAUCGUCGAUGUGGAGCAGAACAAUAAGGGCUAUCCGAAGCCGCGCAAGUGCUUCUCGUGUGUGCAACACCAGUCCACCAAUGGAGAUAUCGAAGCCUUCAUCACGGGUGGCUUGCAGGGUGACUUUUCGACAUAUUUUUCUGAUAUUUGGAAGCUGAAUAUGCGCACCAAGCAGUGGUUCCUCAUUGAGACAAGUCUGCCCCGACCCCUGUACUUCCAUUCGGCCGCACAUUCGGACAACGGCUGCAUGUACGUGUUCGGUGGCAUCGAGUACAAUGAGAAGGAGAUGCGUCGACGCAACGGUCUCUACAAGAUGUGGAUGACCGUGCCAAAGCUGAGCGAAAUGUGCUGGGAGGCCAUAACCUACUACAACGAUAAUCUGGACAUGUACGAUCGCAAGGCGCUUCUUAAAGCUGGCUUACCCAAGACAUUUACGGAUCGCCUGCCGACGCAAACGAGGAAGAAGGCCGAGAAGAACGAGCCAGACCCAUCCAUGCUUGUAUCUCUUUACUGCAACCCUAAGCGUGCUCGCUCCACAACGCAAUAGGGUCUUGAGAUUAAAUCAAAAUCCUCUCCCUUCGAAAAACAAAAACAAACAAAAAACUUUAGUUACGUGGACCCUUUAAUGGACCCUUUUGGUGCCGUGCCACCUCUUAAAUACUAACAAAACUUUGCGUUACUAUUGUUUAAAAGUUUUGUUUUGAUAUUGAGCGCGCGCUGUGAUCGAAUACGAAGGACAUUUAUAGUUGUACACAUGCAUACAUCAUACAUAUGUAUGUAUUUUGAUAUUUCGUAGACUCGAAAGAAAAAGGCGGACAUGUUUAGCAUGUAGAUAAGAUUGUAAUUAAGUUAGCUAGCUGAACAGCCAGAACAACUCCAGCAACAGACAUACAACAAGCAACGCGAAUGCAAUUCUAAACACCAGCUUAACAGAUCGGAUCGUUACAGUGCAGUGCAGCGCAGUACCGCCAGCGCACUCCCCAGUUCCACCCCAACCACACCGACAUCCUCAAAAAUCGUUUGGCUCUAAUGAACACUCUUUCUCUCUCUCAAUAUAUUUCUCUUCACCCGCACAGAGACUUGAAUCCAAAAUAAAUUAGUUUUGAAGGCUA